AUGGCUCGAAAUUGGGACAAGUAUAGCAGACAGGGGCUCGACAUCGCGCUCGCUGCCUCCUCGAUUGGGUUUCAAGCUGCAAAGUUGGGCACACGAGUAGGGUUCUCAUUAGCUCGAGGGAUAUGCACGACGGCAGCCAGCGUUAGCACAGUCGCCGUUGACUUUGCCCUCUUUGGUGGAAACGGCGUAACGAAACCAGUGGUCACAGGAGCCGUUUCGACUGCCUUCACACUUGCAGAACGGAUUACAUUGGCGCCAAUUCACUUGGGUGAAUACAUCACCAAUACAUCCCUACUGGCAGCCCACAGCUCGAUCAAUGUCCUCUCUGUAUUCUUCCCUGGAAGCAGUGAAGCCUCUUUUUCAUUGGCAUCCUUCAUUGACCUCGUACGACGGGAAUGGAAGGAUCCCCCAGGGCACGACAACCUCCCUCAGAAGCAGUACGGCCUAACUCAGGUGGCUCGGGCUAUUGUGGGGUGGGUCGCGUUACAGGGAGUCACUCAGGAGUGGCAGGAGAAACGGUGGUUCAAGUACCUCAAGGAGCACGAUGUCAAGGACGCCUCCAAGCAUCACCAUGAACAUCGAACCAUUAAACACUCUCGCGUUCGAGUCACUUCCGAUGUCAUAUUCCCUGGAAAGGGCGGUUCGCAAAUUAUCACUGCCAACAUCGGAGAGGAACCGACACAGGCGGAGAAGCUGAGGCUCAGACGAAGCCGGUCCAAGCUUUCCAUGCGGCAGCCAUCUUUUGCAAGUCUCAUCGACCGGGACGUCCCAGAAGACACAGUGCCACUAGCGGAGCUAAAGGCCACUCUUCGACGACUUUCCAAAAUGGUCUUGGCCGGUUAUGGAGGCGCGAGCUUGCUCUUCUUUGGAGUUUCUCCCCACUCCGAGUCAGUACCCAAGGCUACUCAGGAGACGAAAGGCUGGGAGGAGGCAAAGCUCGCUACUGCUAUCGACGCCUCAGAAGCAGAGGCUGCUGGUCAGCCUACAGACGCAUGUCACUCGGGCACUACUCCUGACAUUUUCCAGCAAUAUUCCUGGUGGGACAUCUUGCUGGGUAAACAUGAUCAAGAGAUCUUUGAAAGCUCUUUGGGUCACCAUGACGAACAGUCGACAAGGCAACGUCUGAACAACAUCAAGGAGCAGCUGAAGUCGAGAGCGGUUAUUGGAAAUGAGCACCUUAUGCCCCGCUUCUGGGUCCUCACAGACUACAGCCGGGAACAAGUUGUCCUUGUCAUUAGAGGAACGAUGUCAAUAAACGAGAUCGCCGCUGACCUGACCUGUGAGCCAGAAUGGUUCCAACCCGCUGAAACGCCCCCUCCAACCGAGGACGAGAUACACCAUAUGCCGGGCAAGUUCGCUUUCCCAACUAUGACUUCAAGCGGUUCAACCAAACGACGAGGAAGGGCUGCAUCCGUAGACUCUACGCCGAGAUACCACGUCCAUGGUGGGAUGCUUCGGAUGGCUCAGGCUAUGGGUGGAAUAGGCAAACCAGUACAGUUGGCUGUGAUGGAGGCGCUUCACGCCAACCCUGACUUCGGACGGCGCGUACAAGUAUACUGCUUCGCCCCUCCAGCAUUGACGGAUGCCGCACUCUCUCGACUCGCCAGCAAACUUAUCGUCUCUUUUGUUUACUCUCAUGACGUCGUUUCGCGUCUAUCCCUUGGUUCCAUCCGUGACAUCCGCAAUGCUGCCAUGUGGUUGUGCGAAGCUAACGACUCGCCGCACGAGAAGGAUAAACGGGAAGGAUAUUCCGCUGUUACCGCCAAAGCGAGGGAGUGGCAAGCAGGCAAGAGAUCUCCCGGUGAGAUGGAAUGGUUUAUCGCAACCCGCAAAACACUCGAAGCAUGUAUGCAGAAUUGCGACAUGUACCCGCCGGGAAGAGUGCUCUGGGCGGUCCGUGACAAAGACCUUCAUUUAUCACACCAACGCUGGCCAGAUAGUUCGAAAGACAAGCUCAGAUUGUUCGACGUUCUAGACGUGGAACGAGUGUUCUCGCAACUCGUUUUUGCGAAGAACAUGUUGACGAUCAGCUGGGCUCUUUCUUGUGAAGACAUACUUGUUCUCAUGAGUGACAGAGUCAUUGACGGUCAGUGCUCGAGCCUCGCUAUUUGUCGGAUCGUGAGGCAGGUAGAUGUGUGUGCCGACGACAGGCUGCCGGGCGAGGCUCCCACAGAUGUAUGUACUGUUCAAGGAACCAUUCACUUGAUUGAGGGACUCGCAGUGGCGCCUUCUGUGAAAGUUGUCGAUGGGACUUUAAACGCAGGAACAAAAUGGGAGUUCUCUACCAUGGUUCCUACGGCUCUUAACCCCACUCAGCGAAUGGAUGUCUUCGCGGGAAUGCAGUUAUUGAACAGCAUCCAGUGA